AAAAAAAAGCUAAUCGAAAGGAUAUGUCUAGGGCUAACUCCUCCGCCGCUGAUGCCGAAAUCACAGAUUCGACGAUGUUAUCUCCGCCGCUGAAGAAGGCGAAGACAGAUCAAAAGGCGGAGAAAGAGGUCCUUCCACCACUACGAACUUUCCGCAAAGUGGAUUGGGAGGAUCCGGAAUAUUGGAGACAGCGAGAUAUGUUUUUGGAGGAAUGUGAAAAGAACGACUUUUACGAUCUGGAUUUGGAUAAAUAUGACUACUGCUUCGCUCCAGCCAAAUUCGAAUGGGGACUCAAAUUCGAUCCGGAACUUAGCAAAGACGAAUUGAUGAAACUGCUCAUAAAGGCAGCCAUCGACGCAGAAAACGAAGACAAUGGAACAAAUCUAGAGUUUGUCAAGUAUGUGUGUGCAAAUGUAAGAGGUGCACAAGGUUUUUGUUUCUACAUAACACUUUGGGCAAGAGAUCUUUCGUCAUCAGAUCCUGAGCCAAAACUAUACUGGACAUUGGUGCGCAAGUUUCGUGGUGAGUUCCAUGUUGUCGAAUUCAAGCUAAGGCCAACACAAUAUGAUGUACUAUUAACUGAUGACUGA